UCUUCCUUCCUUCUCCCAUACACAACGCAUACUACUACAACAAUUUAUUAUCAUCACACAUUCGUGAUGUGCUGCUAAACAGCUUCUUCCCGCUCCGCACUUCGAACGGCACAAACACAGCCAGUCGUUCUUCACAACGCAUUUAUAACGCUCUACCCCUCCAAACACUUUCAAUACGUCGUCCACACCGUUUAACCGGUUCAACACCAAUCACAUCCAACAUGUUGCUCUUCCACGCACCUCCAACUGCUGUCCUCCGAGACCAUCCUAUACUCCCACUCUCAGCGAACCCACCGCCGGGCCUUCUAGUAUCCAAUCUGAUCAACGACUAGACAAGUCUACGUUUGCCUUUACGGCCUCACCACCAGCAUAUUACACGUCUGAAUUACCAAAAGCUCUAGCAGAGCGUCGUAUUACCCCUACACAUUUUCCUUCACACCCACCUACACUACCUACUACUCGACGUCGUAUCACAUCCGACGAAAUGCGUUUCACAUCACCCGACACUCGUCCUUCUCUCACUCCUCUCGGCUACCGUCUCCUUCAUCUUUCGGAGCUGAAGCUGUCGUCUAUGGAUGGUAGCUCCUACGACGAAGGAGUAUCACUCUGGAAGGGUGUGCUUGUUCGCGAGGCCGUCCGUUCCGCUUGGAAGAGCGUGCAAGACGGGUCAGUGCCUGAGAUGAAUGAUUGGUCAGCCAGGGGAGCGAUGGGUUUGGAUAUUUAUGAAGAAGAGGUCGAAGAAGAAGAAGAGCAGCAAGAGGAGCGUUGGUUCGAGGAUAUGGUGACUAGCUUUGGCGAAGAAGAAUACGCCGUCGAGGCCGCAGACGGAGAACACGAGUGGGUUGAGAGCAGCGUUUCCAUUCCCGAGUACGAUCUCGACUUCAAUGUCGACGGCAUGGAAGCCUACACUUUUCCUGCGUCUUCACCAUCUACUCCACUUCUUGAUGAUUCUCACCUCGAGCCUUCUGGUACUGUCGACAUUAUCGAGGUUGACGAUGACGAAUCUGAUAUUUCUGAUGAAGACCUUGCCUCCCUUGCACAAUCCCAGCAUUGGCAUUCUCCAAGCACCAUUUCCAUGGCGGCCACCAGUCCAAGCACCCCCAUACUUUUUGGUCACCCGCUCUCGUCUCCUAAUUCGCCCACCCUUUCUCCUGUUCCUUCACCAACCCUUCUUGCCCCAACACCCAUGCCUCUUCCUGCUGCACUCACCGGCAGUUUUGUUUUCCCCGAUCCUCGAAGUUACUACACAGACUUUGAGGAGUAUGUUGAUGACUUUAGUCUUCCACCGCCUCUUCUCAGGUCGAUGUCUAGUUCAACGACAGAGAGCGACGUAGACGAUGGUGAGGUGUGCAAGACGCCGCCUUUAAGAACGGAGGAACUUGAGUAUGAGUCCAGCGAAGAGGAAAAUGUAAAAGAGGAAGAGUUGUUGAUGGGGCUUGGUUUGAGGAUAGGACAUUUAAAUCUGAGACUUUGAUUUUGGUUUAGUAAUUAUUUUUAAUUGGGAUCUUUAGUUGUCUUUGCGAGAAAGACGAGGAGUAAAUUAGAAAUCAACAAAAAAAAGUUUUGUCUGGUAGUGUUUUCUUGAGCCUUGGUGUAGUUUGUGUUUAUUCCAUACGUAUGCAAUUCCCAUAUGAUGACCUUG